AAUUGAGAUAUACUCCAGGUGUUGCACUCUCUGCGUUGUUAUCUUGGUUCUAGCAGGCUGGACUCAUCCUCGUUUUUUCCCCUGCGUUGCGUGGCGACAAAGCUCUUCAGGGGGCUGUGGUCUUUUUUUUUUCUUUCACCUCCUCCUUAUUCAAUUCUGUGUCGCUUUUUGUGAGGUAUACCUGAGGAGUUCGAAUUUGCGCCGUUUGCCUGUUCUGUUGCGCCUCAGGCUCGAGUUUGCUUGUGACUAGAAAGAGAAAGAGAGAGAGACCCACGGAGGAGACCUUGAUUCACCAUGGCCGACGAUUUGGACGCAGAGCUCCUCGCCCUAGCGGGGGACUCCUCUGAUGAAGAGUCUUCCCCUCCUCCCAAGGAGACGGCUGACUCCCCUGUUUCUUCUCAUGCGUCUGAACAUUCCCCCGAACCAGGUGAAGCAGUCAUGGCGCGCAAGGGGACCGCGAAGCCCGUCCGACGGAGCCGUAAGGCUAAGAGAGAUUACGAGGAAGCAGAAGAUGGAGAACUCUCGUCAGCUGCAUCGCACCACUCCUUACAGUCUGCCAGUAUGUCAGAAUCAGAAUCAGAGUCCGACGGCGAUGGCCCUGCGGACGACGACGGACCGCUGUUCGCCUACGAUAAGCUCUACCACUCCGCAAAGGAUAAGGCGGAGAUCAUGGCCUUGCCUGAAAUCCAGCGCGAGCAGAUUCUCUCCGAGAGAGCACACGAGGUGGACCGUCACAACCAGGAUCUUGCGCUACGUCGUCUGCUGGCGUCCCGCGAGCGCGAGGAAGCCCGACAGGCAAAGAAGAACAAGCGCAAAGCAAGCUUAGCCGGUCUAGAGGAGGGUCAGCGCAAGAGCUCCCGGCAGAAAACUACUCUCGGUGGGCGCAAGGUGGGCGAGACUUCCGACGCGAUCGAGGCCUAUAAACGUCAGCGACAGCAGAAGGGGAAACGCGAUGAAAUCAGACGACGCGAUGCGGCGUCUAGAGAGGCUCGCCACCGCGAAAAGGACGGAGAAGUGUCCGAUGUGGAUGCCGAGGGCGAGAGCGAGCCCGACUGGGACGAGCGAGCGGAUCGGACCCCGUCACCUCCCAAAGAUGACCCCCCCGCCGAGCUACGAGAUAUCGAACGCGCCCGUGUUGGUCGCACCAACUUUGCCCAGGUCUGCUUCUAUCCUAGAUUCGAAGAAGCUAUUUCGGGCUGCUAUACUCGAGCCAGCAUUGGGCCGAACAGCGAGGGCCUCAACGAGUAUCGAGUCUGCUUGAUCAAGAGAUUCACCGAGGGUCGUCCGUAUGCUAUGGAUGGUCCGAACGGUCGACCAUUUAUCACAAGCCAGUACGCUGUCCUUGCACAUGGAAAAGCAGAACGCGAAUUUCCCUUUAUUGCCUGUUCAGAGUCGAGUUUUACCGAGGCCGAGUUCAACCGAUAUCGACAGACAAUGGCCGUGGAGGAUUGCAAGAUGGCGACCAAGUCAACCGUUGCCAAAAAGGUUGCCGACAUCAACAGGCUUUUGAGCCACCAGUUUACCAAGGACGAGCUCAAUGAGAAGCUUCGGAAGCAAGGAUCGUUGGACACCAAGAUGGAUGUCUUCCGCCGGCUUGAUCUCGAGAACAAGCUCAUGUCAGCCAAGGCCGCUGGCGACGAUGCGGAGGUCGAUAAACUACAGCUCCAGCUGCGAGAUCUGGCGGCACCCAAGCUUGCCUUUGGCACCUCAAUGUCCAAACCCAAGGUCGAGCGAAAGACGGAACAGGAGCGACUCGCCGAGCUGAACUUCCGCAACCGCAAGCUAAACUACGAAAACGUCCGCCGCGCACAACUUGAGGAGAAGAAGGCUAGCCGCAAGGUCGCCGCCGCUGUUGCCCGCGGCGAGGCCCCCGCCGACCCCUUCAUGCGCGUCAAAACCCGUGCCAAAACACACUACGACAUGAACGAGAAAGCAACAGACACCCCGACGCCUGAAACCAGCCACGCUGGCACGCCCGCCAAUGGUGCCGAGACGCCCGGCGCGCUCGCCGCAGCCAAGCGCAGUGAUACCCUGUCCUCCAGCCAGAAGAAGGCGACCAAGGGUGGCGUCGCAAUGAUCCGCCAUCGCAAUAUGGAUGACGAGAACAUUGCCGCUCUCGACAUCGACAUCGACAUUGAUAUCUAGACUUGCUGGACACCAGAUGUUUUUUUUUAUUUUUUUUUUCCUUUCUUUCUUUCCUUCUUUCUCUUUCCUAUUGCAUGAAACGGAUAUUUCCCUGGUAACCUGUACAUUGAACAUACUUGACAUUCAGAUUGGACUCGGUGGGUGGCGAAGACUUUUUUUUUCAGCAUACUAGCAUGCAAUAAAUCUGUAAUCACAUCAUUUCUUAGCAUUUAUCCAUUG